CUGCUUUUCCUUUGUCAGAGGCCAGCACACAGCGAGGGUGGGGUGGGGAGCAGUUCGUGGAUCUGGCUGUGCCUUCGGGUGGAAAGAGGAGCUCGGGUCCACACCCCCGUGGUAACCGAGGCCUGAGGCCAGAUGGGUCACUGCACCGGCCUAGCGCUGCUCACGGGACCAGCCGGCCUCAUUGGCGUCCAGACCUUGGCGGGCCUCCAGGUGACAGCGCCCAGGGCUCCAAGGGUGUCUUUGGCGGCCUCGAGUCCACCGCCCCCCCCCACCCCACUUGCAGGUCAUGGAGCGGCUCGCGGGGGAAGCCACCAACCGGAGGGAGAACAGAGGAGGUAUCUGGGGCCCCAGGAACGGGAGUGGGAGCGUCCCUGCUCACCCUCAGCCCCGCCCGUCUGCGCCCCACCUCUCCUUCCAACAGGCCACAGCCCUCCGCCGCCCUCUGGCCCCAAAGCCCGGCAGCUUCUAGCGCGCCUGGACGCUCGCCCCCUGGCGGCCCGAGCUGCGAACGACAUGGCGGCGCUGGUGCGCAGAGCUGGCACUACCUUGCGCUUGCGCCCCAAAGAAUCUCUUAGCAUGCAGGAUGCGGCAGACAUCGAGGUCACAGACAACCGACUUCCUAAUGUCCCUUUGGUGGAAAACGGAUCCCAGCACCGUCGGGUAGCUCCCUGUACAGGGAUGCCCCAAGUGACCCAGGGGAAGGGACACCGUGCUUCGAAGCUGCCCCCAGACUCCAGUCAGUUCUGUGUGGAACUAGUUCGUGGCCCCUCUGGCUUUGGCCUCACGCUAAGUAGUAGUCGGGGUGCAGCUGGGGGUGCUCCACUGGCUAUUCGAGGACUGUUGGAUGAUGGGCCGGCCCAGCGCUGUGGGCGCCUGCAGGCUGGUGACCUCGUGCUCCACAUCAACGGAGAGUCAACUCAGGGCCUCACCCCUGCUGAGGCCAUGGAGAGGAUUCAAGCAAGUCACUCGAGGCACCUCCGCCUUGUCAUCCGAAGGCCUCUUGAGACCCACCCUGGAAGACCUAAGGGGGUGUCACGGCCCCCCAAAGGAGAUGAUCACAGCCCGGAUCCGGGUAGACAAGACGUCCAGAGAUCUUGCAGCGCCAGCAUUUCCCCCUCGCAGUUUGCCAACUCCCCAUCCGUGAUUCCCCAAACCCAGGUCAGGAGGGAACCUAACUUACAAGGGGCUGCGGACAGCCCCGCAGUUCCUCCCGCAGAGCUCGGAACUGAAGGCCCUGACGACAGAAUCCCCGGUUCUCCGGGUCCCUGGCUGGUACCCAGCGACGAGCGGCUAGCGCGCGCCCUGGGGGUCCCGGGGAGCGCGCAGCUGCUUCUCGAGGUGGCGGCUGGAAGGCGGAGGCACUGAGCGGGCACCCGACAGCUGGCGCUAGCUGGGCAGUGGCCAACCCGGACACGACGGGUUCCUCGGGAGACCGCUUCCCUUUAGCCCCACCCCCCCUCCUGGCCCGCUCACCGUCGGCUGGGCCGGUCCUCCCACACUAGCCAGCCUUGCGCGUCGUGUUUCGGGCGGGGGAGGUAAUAAAAUGGUUUGUUUCAGUCUGGA